AUGCGCCUCACCACGAUCCUCUUCGCGGGCACCCUGGCCCUGUUCGCCAAUGCCCAGACGACCACCAACACUCCGGCCACCGCCACGACCGACGCGGCUACGGCGGCACAGACCUCGGCCGAGGCCGCCAUGAUCGCGUGCAUCGACAAGUGCAAGCCCGGCGACGUGGCCUGCACUUCCAAGUGUAUCGCCGUGCCGAACCCCAACGCGGCGCAGGUCAACGCCACCACCACGUGCGUGGCCGAGUGCCCCAAGGGCAACGGCACGGCCUCCGACACCGCGGCCUACGCGUCCUGCGUCGAGCGCUGCAUCGGCGCCAACUACUACACGGCCUCUGGCGGCACCCCGGAGCCCACCGGCAGCAGCGGCAGCAGCGGCAGCGGCAGCGGCAGCUCCUCUGGCAGCAACGGCGGCGGCUCUUCCGCCUCGGGCAGCAGCGGAUCCGGCACCAGCGGCAACCAGCCGUCGAGCACGAGCUCGGGCGCUGCCGCGUCGUCGUCUACGGGUGCCGCGGCGGUCGGGAUGCAGCUCUCUGGUGGGGUGCUCGGCGCGGUUGGGUUCUUGGCGGCUGUGAUGGCGCUUUGA